GAUGAAAAGUGCGCAAAAAUGCCGAAAAAUUUCAAACUUUAAAGCAAUGUUUGACGAUGAUAACGAUACGUUAGAACGAAUCGGAGAAAUUGGAUAUGAUGAUUUCUUUAAGGACUAUCUUCUGAAGAACAGGCUUUGUGUGUUUUCUAGUGAAUUGACCAAGAAAUGGAGAAGUAGAUCGGAGUGGGUGUCARAUGGCACACCAAACUACGAUUUUCUAGAAGAAAGUUUUGGAGCUGCUGUUGUCCCUGUUGCAAACUGUAGUAAAAGAUAUUUCAGCAGCCAAGCAAAAGAUGACAUGACACUUACAGAGUUCUUAGCUUACCUAAAGAAGAAAGAUGAUCAAAGUUCUCAUGAUUGUUUAUAUUUGAAGGAUUGGCAUUUUUGUAAGGCUUUUCCAGACUAUAGCGCUUAUGACAUYCCUAUAUAUUUUAAAUCUGAUUGGCUGAAUGAAUACUGGGACCAGUGUAGUGAWGUGUCUGAUGACUACAGAUUUGUUUACUUUGGACCUAAAGGUUCAUGGACACCAUUUCAUGCAGAUGUCUUCAGAUCUUACAGUUGGUCAGCAAACAUAUGUGGCUGCAAGAAAUGGAUCCUUUAUCCACCGGGUCAAGAGGACUAUUUACAUGACACACUAGGGAAUCUUAUCUAUGAUGUGACAUCUACAGAGGCUGAGGAUGCAAGCAAAUACCCUARAGUGAAACAGGCACAAAAGCCAAUUGUAGUUGUACAGAAGGAGGGAGAAGUGAUAUUUGUACCAAGUGGCUGGCACCAUCAAGUUCACAAUCUUGAAAAUACAAUAUCUAUUAAUCACAACUGGACAAAUGCMUGUGGUGUGUUACGUAUGUGGGAACAUCUGCAGCGUGAACUGAAACAGGUCCAAUUAAGCAUUCAAGACUGUAAAGACAUGGAAAAUUGGCAUAGUCAUUGCCAGGUAAUGCUGAAAGCAUUGUCUGGAAUGGACUUCRAAGACUUCAUUGCUUUUCUAACAACAAUAGCAAGGCCAAGACUUGACUUUCUUAAAUAUUCMACACGCYCACUGCAAGAUUCAAUGUUUGAUGAAUGGUUAGAAGCCAUCACAACAAGACAGCAAUGUAAUGUAAAGUACUAUUGUAAAUAUGAYUUGGACAUGAUAUGCAGUUGUGCACGUWUAAUCAUGUGCGAUGAAGCUUUUCGUGAGUUGAAUAAUCAGAGUUUGAAUUUACAGCUUGACAACCUCUUGACUGAAAUAACAAGCAAUCCAUCUCUACAAUCAACUCAUACUUAAGCRUUUACUUAAAAUCACCAUAUUUUUAAUGCUUUUGAAAUGGUAGUGUACAGRCUUGAAUCUAUUGUGUUUAAUAUUGCUAGCAUUAUAUCUCACCUAGAAUGUCUAUGAAAAGAACAGCAUAAGUCAUUGUUUUCAAGUUUUGAGAGAAAGUUGUUUGAAAUCUAUAGUAUGAAAUAGUUAUAYKUUCAAUAAAUUUGCCAAURCUUGCCUUUUCUAA